UUUGAUGAAAGAGUACUAAUUUUCACUCCCCUCCUUAUGUAAACCAUCUUUUAAUGAACAACAAUAAUAAGUAGAACGAUUAUAUCAAUCUAAAAUAAUUAAGAAUAGCAAACAAGAUUUGUAAUCUAUUCUAAAUUAUUGUGAUAAUAAAAGCAAAACUUCAUCUACUAAAUACAAAGGUAGAAUGAAUUAAAGUGAAGUUCUUUCUUCAGAUAAUCAUUCUAUUUCCUCAAAAUAAAAUCGUAAAAUAUCUCAACAACAGUCUAUUAGUAAAUAAUAAUCGAAAGAGUUCGAAAAAAGUACUUUAAAUUAAUAAUAAUAAAAUUGA